AUGACCAGCCACGACUUCGCCGCAAGAGGCAAAUUCUACGAGGACCUGCACGCCCUCCUCGCGACUGUGUCAAAGGCGGACAAGUUGAUUGCCCUUGGUGACUUCCACGCCCGCGUCGGCACAGACCAUACUGCCUGGAGAGGAGUGCUGGGUCCCCAUAGUCUCCGCGGCUCAAAUGACAAUGGUUUGCUGCUCCUCCGCACCUGCGCAGAACACCGCCUCAUCCUGACGAACACGUUCUUCUGUCUGCUGGAGCGAGAGAAGGCCACCUGGAGACAUCCUCGGUCGCGUCAUUGGCACCUGCUGGACUAUGUCCUCGUCCGGAGGCGAGAUCAGCGGGACGUGCAGGUGACAAGGGCGAUCGCGGGCGCUGACGGGUGGACCGACCAUCGCCUCGUCAUCUCGAAGAUGCGUAUUCGCCUACAGCCUCGCAGGAGACCACAAGGUAAGCGACCCCCAGGUAAGCUGAAUAUUGCCCACCUGCCACAACCUACGCAAGUGGAAAUUUUGCGCCUCGACUCGGUCGCCGUGCGGCUCCUUUUGAACUGGUGUCUCACAACUGAGACUAUCCACAUACGUUCCCUCCCGUCUCCGGUCUUCUUGCCUUGACUUGACACCGGGCACAGGUGGGUGAGGAGGAGAGAAUGUGGUAGAUGCAGCGCAAGUCUACUCUGCUCAAGUCACUGUCCCCGCUCCCACUCUUCUGUGGGGCAUACAGUGGACGUUGUCGGACGCGACGGUCGAAAUCUCGCGUAUGUGCGUGUGGGUGUGUGUGUGUGUGGUCCCCAUGCGGCUUCGGCUGCUCGGGUGACUUGUGUCCGAGACUAUCCCGACACGUCAAGCGUCGUGGAUAAAAAGAUUGCUGAUUAAGGCCUGCUCUCGGUUCACGCAGUUCGUCAUGUUGUGUGUGUGUUGUGUGUAGUGGCGGACUGGUGGGCUAGGGACGAGCUGAAUCAGCACCUUCCACGGCACCCUCACGCAAGUGAGGGACACGCCGUUCAACCCACGCUGUGUGAAAUCCUGGUGUUUGUGUGUAUGGGGGGCCAGGUCGUGCCGUAGCGCGCGCAGGCAUGGUCAGUCGACCGUGUCAGCCACCGUGCCCAUUUCCCACUCUAGUCUGCUGUCCGGCUCGGACAGCGGCUGGGUUGUGGGAGUGGGAAGAUAGAUUGAGGUCGACGACUCAGCGCACUUUCUCCUCACUAUAAUCGAUCUGACGCGCUUGAAGCUAUCACGGUGGCUUGGAAGGUUGCCAACUGACGGGGUACCUUGGACCUCCUCUUUCACGGGAGGCGAUCUGAGAGUCAGGCUGCAAUGGCUCCUUUUUAAUGUGGCCUUAAUGGCACUCCCACCACAGUGUGGGAUCCGAGCCAGGCGUUGGCGGCACGCCUAGGUGCGGCUUCGGCCGUGCCAGCCUCCAAAUCUCUGUUGUUGGUUGAAAUCCUGGUUAUUUGUGUGUGGACCAGGGGGUGCGGAGUGGAGCGCCAAGGCGAGGAUCCGUCCGAGCCAUCCACCUGCGGCCUCCCUCAUCUCCGGUCUUCUUGACUCUGUCUUGACACCGGGCCCAGGCGGAUGAGGAGGAGAGAGUGUAGGUAGAUGCAGCGCAAGUCUACCGCCACUUUAAACCCCUGCGCAAGUCACCGUCCCUGCUCUCACCGCUGCUGCAGCUGUGGGGCACACGGUGGACAUAAUCGAAAUCGAUGGUCGAACUGUCGUGUGUGUGUGUGUGUGUGUUCCGUACACGCAGAUGUGCUCUUCUCAGCACUAUGAGCCACCCCGAUCAGUCUCUGCAUCAGUUAAGUGACCGGCUUGGACAGUCGACUGGUGCACUGGAUAAUGUGUAGUGAGUGACGUCAGCUCUCAACGCCUAAUUCCUCCUAAUAAAAGGUCACCGUCGUAUCAGACUAUUACGGUGCGCUAAAAAACCUUUGACUUGAAAGGGUACCAACUGGUGCUUCAACUCUGGCCAAGCAGUCAGUCCAGCUGUGUUUUUGCGUCAGGCAGAUUUCGAAGGGCAUUACAAUUUCAGAGGAAUACUAUUAAAAGUAUUUGAAGAAACGGACGUUCAAAUAUUACCCCGGUCAGUCAGUGGGUUGCAGCCCAAUCUAUGAUUAACCAGAUGGCACUAUCUACGUGAGAAAGCUGCACGGCUGCAUAUGCCGCCUGAGGGUGCCUGACGCACAUGCCUGUGGCGUGGAGGCCUGCAAACCAGGCGAGAUAAAAUCGAUCGAUCGCUCGGUUAACGCGCCGUGCAACAUCGAUCGCAGUGCGGGCAUGUGGCUUUCGGCAGAUGGUCGAGCACUUAAUGCCAUUAGAACCGCACCUAAACUGCCUCGAGAGAAUGUCGUCAAACUGAGCCGAUUGAGACGGUGUGCGCCAUCGACGCGCGUGUGCGUCUUCGAGGGCCUUCACACCGCCAACGGCUCGGGAGCAAUAACUACGUUGGCCCAUCUUUGCUGCGUAUCAUAUUAGCUUAGUGCACUGAUUUUGUGUGCAAUCAGCUGUGUUAAAAAAAGUAAACUACCUUUGGCUUACAAAAACGUAUUAAAUGUGUCCUUUCAUGUAGUUCGCAUUUUAACCAAACUUGUCAUAAUUCCUCUAUGAAAUUCAACUGAAAUGUCAUUACAACACUUGCAACUGCUUUGCGUUUCCAAUAACAGUUAUGGGGUAGCUGACUCUUCGGCCUCUCCAUUCUUAUUGGUCAUUGCCAUUUGGCCGUUAUUUGCUGGUGGUAAUGGCGGAUUGUUGAUCACGGUCGUCGAGUAUGUGAUCGAUCCUCACCAUAUACGCCACGUUUAGCCAUUUCUCUUUCUGUCAACAGGUCUCUAAUACGAUUGAAACGCAGGUGGUCUGCACUAAAUCUGCAUUCUCAAGUCACAACAUUUUGCUAAUUAUUGUGAUUACUAGAGAACUUAUUUUAUAUGCGCACAAGUCUGUGGAUUUUCGUGCCCGAAGCUAUAAAUAUAGUACUAUCGGUCUAAGUAUUAUAAAGCUGACGGAUGACUCCAUUCUAGACAGCGGAUGAGUGUUGAGGAAAACCUAUUUGGAGGAAGUGAAUAGCCAGCCUUUAAAGGCUGUGAGAAUACGGGAGAAAGGGUGAUGGAACAUGUUUAAUGGCGACUAUUGAUCUUUUAUACCAGGCAUACUACUAAAAUACGACGAUAGUUGUUAGAAUGCUUGAUAAUAAGCGGAUGCGCAUACAAGCUUCCGGCCUCCUAUUCCAUAAAAAUGCAAGAAUAACUCAUUAGCACUCUGAGCAGUGCGAAGCGUGAAUAUAUUUCGGUAAAAGAUAGGUCCUGUCGGCACCUCCUAAAUGCCAGAUUUAGAUACUGAAACAAAGAAAGCAAAAUUACUCAAGCAUCGUAAGUUCGGAGACACGAAUAUGUCCGUCUUGUAUGCUCGAGAAAUUAUCAUGUGAAUUACGAACAGCUGCGCGGCAUGUGGACGCUAUUAUUAUUUACAGGCGUCCGAUAGUGAACCUAAUGCAGCCUAUUCAGUCUCCGUCAACGUUUUGCCAGAAAUUUCAAUUUGUAAUUAUUCGUUUACAAAAAUGAAGCCGAAGGUUGAAUGGGAUAUUUUUCUUUCUCCAGUUAUUGAGUCUGUGUUCCCGCAUCAACAAACAAUAUUUGGCAACAUUUGGUCGUCAAAGAUAUUCCUAAGUGUAAUAACAGAUUUCAACAUGAUAACAUCAUUCCUUCCUAGGACGAAAGCGGCUUAAUACAGUAGUUGCAUAUCUCGAUAUUUUGUAGUAGCAAACAGUUUUAUCCCUUUUUUACAAUAAUACAGUUGAUUUGAGAGUAACUGUCAAUCCUAGUGCGAAUAAGAACAACUGGUUUGUGUAUGUAGAUAUCUGUACAUUUUUGAUUUCUCAUUGGAAACUUUCUUGUACACCUGAACUUUUCUGCACAGUUGUUUAAAUAACCGAAAAUACACACAACUGGUUUCGACUUGAGCUACUGCGUGCCUUGUGCCUGACUGCUGCGUGUUGUCAAUGCUUCAUUCAUUGCGGUCGCGCGUCCCAAUACCUUUAAGCUAAUUUCCUUGUGACAUUUGUAUUUCUCGGUCAUAUCCCGUCGGACGAGAAUUCAUCCGAUCAACAAGUUUCGGUAACUGACUUCAGUUGGAAACAUUAUGGACUUUACCCGGAGCAUCCACUCCACAACGAUUAAUAUUGGAGGAGGCAUCGUUUUCGUGAGUCUGUAAAGUUAUUUUCUUUUGCCAUUUCUCCAAUGUUUUACUAUCAUUUCGUCCGUAUGAAACACAGCAUUCCCCACUUAGAGUUAAGUUUUUGCUGUAUCUAUUUUUCUUUGUAGUUUUAAUUGCCGUUUACACUACAAAAAUGGUAAACCCGUUUUUGCACAUUUUCACACACUUAUAUUUGCCAUGACCGAAAACAUUAACACGCUCUCCUUCAAACUGCCCCCAUUUACGCCGAGCAACACCCACGUAUGGUUUCGGCAAAUUGAGGCCGUUUUCUCGACAAACCGUAUCAUCGAUGAACACACCCAAUAUUCGUACGUUGUGCGGAGUCUUACAUUCAAUGUCGCCGUUGAUGUUGAGGGCCUCGUCAACCCGAUUCCUGCCUAUGAACCUUACACUCGGUUAAUGUACGCUGUGGUCCAGCGUGUGCCUAAAUCGGAAAACAGGAUGCUGCGGGAAAUUUUAACGCAUGUGAAACUCGGUGACCAAACAGCGGGCGGUGAGGUGCACUCAAGAUAGUCUGGCUCAUCUCAUCCACUUCCUUUGAUUAUACCUGAAUCGCCAACUAGGCUAAUGGUCUCUCUCGUUUUGCUUAGCCGUAAACUAUUAAGUGCGGAUGUGAUGUAAGCAGAGGAAUUUCAGCAAGAUGUGAGGUGCGUUAACUAGAUGAAGUGAAGAAUUUUCUUCCCUUUCAUCUGUGAAAAGUAAACGAACAUUAUUACCGACAAAGACUAGGGAGGUUGGAAUGGUCCUUUCUGGUUUAUUUGCCGCCGUCGGCCAAUUAUCCACAACUUCGAAGUGAAGAACACACAGUAUUCGACCCCGCGACCUGUUACUUCGAAGUCUAACGCCUCUUAACACUGAUACGAACUGGCGAUUGAAAAGAAAGGGAAUACAAAUACAAACCUCGUUCUUCCCCUCUUCGAGGUACCGAACAGGCCCCUAGGAUGAGUUCGUCCAAUCUGACGGCUUGAAAUGUCCGUAACACCUUUGCCAAUCCAAGAAGCAAGUGUCCAAAAAGAAGGACGGCGCUAGUCCAUCGGGAACCUGCGCGUUACAUGUUGGACACUGCUGCUCUUGCCGAGUCACAGUUCCUCCUGUAAAGCCGAGUGGUUCAGGUGGGAGCCGGUCACACCUUCGUCUGGAGGGCCACCGAACGACAGAGUUUUUUGACACAUGACAUUCGAAAAGCCAUUGUGAACCUGUUGUCCCGACCGACACAGGAUGUCAACAAGCACUCCCUGAAACAGCGCUGGCAUCUUCGGGAUGACACGUUUGUCACUAUCGUCAGUUUCUACGUCCCCAUCCCCCCAAAUGACCAGUACGAACGCGACGCGGACCAGGAUGGGGUGGCACUUCGUGAGGAUGUACGAUGUAUAACUACCCAAACGAAACAGGGGUCAUGCGCCAAUAGCUACUCAACGCUGCGUGCAUUUUUUUCUUCGUGUCCACGUAAACGGCAGCAACUGAAAACUGUGGACAACUUCGCCUAUUUUGGUAGCACCAUGCAAGCCUGCAUCGAAGCCGACAAUGAAUUGGCCCACCGGUCCCAAAAAGCAAUCCCUCUUUUUGUCGGCUGCAGAACUUUAUAGUUUUCAUCUUAACACUGAACUCCUGACAUAUAAUUUAGUUUUUUGGAUUGCGAACAUGUAUGGUGCAGAGAGCUGGACCGUUUGCAGGAAAAAACGUGGAAUCGCAACCCUUUUCAUCUUUGUUGUCUCCUGCAGUUUAUCAACCAGAGGUGCAGGGCGAAAUUCUGGACUUGUUAGACAUCCAACCCAAUGGAAUCCUCAGCAAUCACGCCAUGUAAGGGCAACUGCAACUACGAUGGGUGUACGAUGAACGACAAACAAAACAGAUGUGCUCCCGCCAAAAGGAUAUUCAAUGUGAUUGCAAUUGAAAAAGAAUUCUUGGGAAGAUCGAAGUAAGAACUGACCGGUUUUAAGAAGGAAAGUGAAUGCUGGAGCAGAAACUCAUAAAACCAACGGGAGUGAAGCUACCCAAGUUAAAAAGUAAGUUCCUGAAUCUCAGGCUUCCAAGAUCAUUAAAAAAGUACGGGACGAGGCAUGUCGUGUGUGUGUGUUUGUGAGUUCUGUUUCAUGUAUGUUCUCUCCUGUUUAGUUUCCCCCCACUAGAGUUUGGCAACCGUCUGGGAAAGUCCUAUUAAGGGGGUUUGCUGCCCAACCACGUCGUCUGAUGUCUGGCCGUGGCCGCAGACAUAAAAACACACAAUCGAACCAGCAGAAACCGAAACAACACCAAUAUCUCUCUUCCAUUUACUGCUAUUCUUCCUUCCUCGACAUCUUGGGACGACUGCCCAGCCUGCCGAAGGGAAUCAACGAUCGCCUGAUGAGCCUCCGUCUACCUCUCCCGCGUGGGGGCAAAUUCUCCACCAUUAUCAGCGCCUAUGCUCCACCGAUUAGCAGCCCCGACGCUGCCGCAAGAGACCAGUUCUAUGAGGACCUGCACGCCCUCCUGGCGACUGUGUCGAAGUCGGACAAGUUGAUUGUCCUCGGGGACUUCAAUGUCCGCAUCGGCACAGACCAUGCUGCCUGAAGAGGAGUGCUGAGUCUCCAUGGUCUCUGCGGCCCCAAAGACAACAACCUGCUCCUCUUCCGCACCUGCUCAGAACACCGCCUCAUCCUGACGAACACGUUCUUCUGUCUGCCGGAGCGAGAAAAGGCCACCUAGAGGCAUCCUCGGUCGCGUCAGUGGCACCUGCUGGACUAUGUCCGCGUUCGGAGGUGAGAUCAGCGUGACGUGCUGGUGACAAAGGCGAUCGCGGGCGCUCACGGUUGGACCGACCAUCGCCUCGUCAUCUCGAAGAUGCGUAUUCGCCUACAGCCUCCCAGGAGACCACAAGGUAAGCGACCCUUAGGUAAGCUAAAUAUUGCCUUGUUGUCUUUUCCCGCUCACCAUCUCCAUUUCAGCAAUGAGCUAGACCAACGGCUUGACAACCUUCCCAUCGCCAUCCCUGCCGUCGACGCCGCCGCUUCCUUGAACGCCUCCGUGGAGAACCGCUGGUGUCAACCGCGAGACACGGUCCAGUCGACGGCGCUUAACGUCCUCGGAUGCGCACGCCGCCAACACCAGGACUGGUUCGACGACAACGACGCAGCCAUCUACAAUCUGUUCGCCGAGAAAAACCGCCUACACAAAGCCUACGCAGACCACCCCACUGACGGCAACAGAGCUGAUUUCUACCGCAGUCGCCGCCACCUUCAGCAACGACUGCGCGAGACGCAGGACGCCUGGACUGCUUGA